UUUUCUGCAUUCAAUAAAAUGUCUGCAGGUUGUAUCAGUUUUAAAGGACAUCUACUUCGUCUCAAUUUAUGAACGAGAAACAUGAGAAAACAAGUUCUUUCUAACCAGUUGCCUUCAAUGCCUCCUUCUGCCUCAUAUGGGAGUAAUAACCGGCGCGGUAACCUGUCAAGACAGCGGGACUACACCCCUACUACGUGGGACAAGUAUUAUCAUAAAAAGCAUGAUAUAGAAGUUGAAAAAAAUACAUUCCGGGUAUAUGAAUGUGGAACAGAAGGACCAGUUUUGUUUCUUCUUCAUGGAGGAGGAUAUUCUGCUUUAUCUUGGGCUCUCUUGUCUUCAACUCUCUGCGAACUUGUUAGUUGCCGUUGUGUUGCUCUUGAUUUGAGGGGACAUGGAGAUACUAUAACUGAAGAUGACGGUGAUUUAUCUAGUGAAACAUUAUCAAGAAAAAAAAAAAAGAAAGAAGGAAUAAAACACAUCACCAUCCCACUUCUCAUGAACAGCUCCAAACUUCAAGAAUCCAACUUGCUGUUAUAUAGGACACAUAUGGGGGCUGCAAUAGCUGUACACACUGCUGUAAGGGCACUGGUACCCUCUCUGGCUGGUUUGGUUGUUAUUGAUGUUGUUGAAGGCACAGCAAUGGAAGCAUUAAGCAGCAUGCAGAGUUUUCUACGUGGACGUCCAUCAUUUUUCAGUUCCAUAGAGGAAGCUAUUGAAUGGAGUUUACGUAGUGGUCAAUUACGCAACAUUGAAUCUGCAAAAAUCUCCCUUGUUGGGCAAGUGAAACGUGUCGAUACAGGUGAAACAGCAACUUUUGAACAAGAGCAUCCCUCGCAGGAAGUCAAAGCUGUAAUGAAGCAACCUAGUGAUACGAUCGUCGAAGUGGACGAAGAGUCAAGUGACACUAGCCUAGAGGAAAGCAAGAGCGAUUCUUCCAAUAUGGCAACUUCUACACCGCCACCUCCUCCUCCCCCUCCACCUCCUAAUAUGGCACAUUCUCUUCCCGAAGUUUCUAACAUGAUAAAUAAAAAGAACAGCUCACAUCAAUAUACAUGGAGGAUUGAUUUAUCAAAGACAGAUAAGUACUGGUCAGGCUGGUUUAGAGGACUUUCUGAGAAAUUCUUAUCAUGUAAUGUUCCAAAGUUAUUAUUACUUGCUGGUGUUGACCGAUUGGAUAAAGACUUAACUAUUGGUCAAAUGCAAGGAAAGUUCCAAAUGCAGGUUCUUCCGCAGUGUGGACAUGCUGUUCAUGAAGAUGUUCCAGACAAAGUGGCAGAUGUUUUAGCGACCUUUCUUGUCCGGCAUAAAAUGGCAAUCCCAAUUGGUGAUUUUGAAAGAACGUUUCCAGCUUGUUAGCCCUGUUUUGGUGUUGGAUGUCAACAUGAAGUCAUUUUGAUACAGUUAUUGCCCUCUUUUCCAAACUACAUUGAUUUCUAUUACUGCACUUCAGAACUGAAGUUCACUGCAGCCCUUUCACAAAGCUGUCCCCAACUGUGAAAAGCUUUUGUUCAAAUAGUAACUUGAUUUGACCCAUAACAAUAGAUUUCCUCAUAAUUUAUAUUACCAAAAUAUUUCGUUGGUAAUUUUUUUUUUUUUUUUUUUUGUUUGUUUGGAGUUUGUUUUCUAAGUGUUAUAUUUAAAAUAAACUGCUGAAGAUAGAACCAUAAUCCCCAACACACUGUAAAGCAUUUUACCAGCUUUAUUCCACAUGAAUGCAAGAAAUACUAUCAAAAGAUUCUUUAAUUCAUAAACAAAAACUUUGACAUUUUGGAAAUUAAAGAUGUAAAAUAACCCA